UUCUACGCAGCUGAGCGGCCCAGGGCGGCCGGGAUGGCGGAGGCGGCGCUGCUGCUGCUGCCGGAGUCGACGGCCGAGCGGGACGCCCGCGAGAAGCUGUCUCUCUGGGAUCGGAGACCCGAUUCGAUGGCGCCGCUGACAGACAGGCAGACGGACUCGGUGCUGGAGCUAAAGGCGGCGGUGGAGAACCUGCCGGUGCCCGCCGAGCUCCCAAUUGAAGAUGUAUGCAGCUUAGCAUCGCAGUCGCUCCCCAUCGAGCUGACUGCUGUAGUGCCUGAAUCUACAGAAGACAUCCUCUUGAAGGGCUUUGCUUCCUUAGGAAUGGAGGAAGAAAGAAUUGAGACUGCACAACAGUUUUUCUCAUGGUUUGCAAAGCUACAAACCCAGAUGGAUCAGGAUGAAGGAACUAAAUAUAGACAGAUGAGGGAUUACUUGUCUGGGUUUCAGGAACAGUGUGAUGCCAUACUGAAUGAUGUGAACAGUGCUCUUCAGCAUCUGGAGUCAUUGCAGAAACAGUAUCUUUUUGUGUCCAAUAAGACAGGAACUCUACACGAAGCCUGUGAACAGCUCCUUAAAGAACAGUCGGAACUUGCUGAUCUUGCUGAGCACAUCCAACAGAAGCUGUCUUAUUUUAAUGAAUUGGAGACGAUUAACACGAAAUUGAAUUCUCCCACAUUGUCUGUGAAUAGUGAAGGAUUUAUCCCUAUGCUGGCCAAGUUAGAUGACUGUAUAACAUAUAUUUCAUCUCAUCCUAAUUUUAAAGAUUAUCCCGUAUACUUACUGAAGUUUAAACAAUGUCUUUCUAAAGCUUUGCACCUCAUGAAGACAUAUACUGUGAACACCCUGCAGACUCUCACAAAUCAGUUACUAAAAAGGGACCCCUCAUCAGUACCGAAUGCAGACAAUGCCUUCACACUAUUUUAUGUGAAAUUUCGAGCUGCUGCCCCUAAAGUCAGAGCUCUUAUUGAACAAAUAGAGCUGCGGUCUGAAAAGAUACCCGAAUACCAGCACCUGCUCGAUGAUAUCCACCAGUGUUACCUCGAUCAGCGCGAGCUCCUUCUGGGCCCCAGUAUUGCCUGUACUGUCACGGAGCUGACCAGCCAGAACAACAGAGACCAUUGUGCCUUGGUUCGCAGUGGCUGUGCCUUUAUGGUCCAUGUAUGCCAAGAUGAGCACCAACUUUACAAUGAAUUUUUCACAAAGCCAACGUCAAAGUUAGAUGAGCUUUUGGAGAAGUUGUGCGUGUCGUUGUAUGAUGUGUUCCGGCCUUUGAUCAUCCAUGUCAUUCACUUAGAGACUUUAUCAGAGCUCUGUGGGAUUCUUAAAAACGAAGUGCUUGAAGACCACGUACAGAACAAUGCUGAACAGCUGGGGGCAUUUGCAGCUGGAGUAAAGCAGAUGUUGGAAGAUGUACAAGAGAGGCUUGUGUACCGAACCCACAUCUACAUUCAGACGGACAUCACAGGCUACAAACCAGCGCCUGGGGAUCUGGCCUAUCCUGAUAAGCUAGUCAUGAUGGAGCAAAUUGCACAGAGUUUAAAAGAUGAGCAAAAGAAGGCACCCUCAGAAGCUUCCUUUUCAGAUGUUCGGUUAGAAGAAGGAGAGUCCAACAGUUUAAGAAAAUCUGGUUCAACAGACUCCCUCAGUCCUAGACCGCAGACCACAAUUUCUCCAGCAGAUCUUCACGGGAUGUGGUACCCCACAGUGCGAAGGACGCUCGUCUGUCUCUCCAAAUUAUACAGAUGCAUAGAUAGGGCAGUGUUCCAAGGAUUAUCACAGGAAGCAUUGUCUGCCUGCAUACAGUCCUUGCUAGGAGCAUCAGAGGCAAUCAGCAAAAACAAGACUCAGAUUGAUGGACAACUUUUCUUAAUUAAGCACCUUUUGAUUCUUCGAGAACAAAUUGCUCCAUUUCACACUGAAUUCACCAUUAAGGAAAUUUCCCUGGACCUCAAGAAAACUAGAGAUGCAGCAUUUAAAAUCCUGAACCCUAUGACUGUUCCAAGAUUUUUUCGGCUGAAUAGUAACAAUGCCUUGAUAGAGUUCUUGUUGGAGGGGACUCCUGAGAUCAGAGAACAUUACCUUGACUCUAAGAAGGACGUAGACCGGCACCUGAAGUCAGCCUGUGAGCAGUUCAUCCAGCAGCAGACCAGGCUGUUUGGAGAGCAGCUGGAGGAGUUCAUGGCAAAGGUAUCAGCAUUAAAAACCAUGGCCAGUCAGGGAGGCCCCAAGUACACCCUGUCACAGCAGCCUUGGGCACAACCAGCAAAGGUCAAUGACCUUGUGGCCACUGCUUACAAGACAAUAAAAACGAGGCUGCCACUGACAUUGAGAAGCAUGUCGCUGUACUUGUCCAAUAAGGACACGGAGUUCAUCUUGUUUAAGCCUGUUAGGAAUAACAUUCAGCAAGUCUUCCAGAAGUUCCACGCUCUGCUUCAGGAAGAGUUCAGCCCCGAAGACAUCCAGAUCAUCGGAUGUCCUUCCAUGGAGCAGCUGAACCUCCUGUUGUCAGUUUCUAAAUAGUCUCAUUGGACCGUGAGUGUCAACAGUCUGUCCCACAGGAGAGGCCUGAGGAGUCCUGCAGCGUGCAGGAUGCCAAGACCCUUCUGUGGGACGGCUCCUGAGGAGCACAGGCGUGCUGCUCGGCGCUGCCUGCAGAAGGGAACCUGAGUGAAGUAGUGGAAGAUCAAAAUGCCAAAGAUUAACAGCAGGGGUAGCUGCCUCGCUGAAACGGUCUCCAGAAAUGGAGAGGCCUGAGAUUGAUGGCCACGGGUUCACAGUGAAAUGUUCCUUCACACGGAUUGUGCAAUAAAAGUAGGUUACAAAAAAUAGUGGAAAGGACGUAGGAGCUCAGCUACCUAGAAAGCUGCCGGGUCAUGGUUGCUCCUGUGGACACUGCGAGGCAUUUAUCUACCGGGCAUUCCACAGAGACUGUUGCUUGGAGAAAUCUCACUUCUAUAUCCUGGUGCAGUGAUCUCCCUGCCAUUCUGAGGUUGAGUUGGGAGUAGAUUGGUUGCUUCCAAGAAGGUGUCUUAUUUUCCCUGGACCCCGGCUGUCAUCUUCCUAUGGGCUGAAAUGAGGCACUUGCAAGAAGCCAAGGCCUCAGGUGAGGUCCUUUCCUCGAGCUGCAUCCUCCUCACUAGACAGGUGUGUUUCCAUUCUGCGCAUCUUCACGGCAUCAGCACCAGUGUGUGAGUAGGAAUUCCUGGUGAAGGUGUCAAGUCUGGCACACAGACCCAGGAGAGAAGGGGCCUGUGCAGAGUGGGUCUCUGAAUGGAGCUUAGUUGCUGGCCUCGGCUGCAGUCACUCUUUAUAGUGAGUACUCUGGUUGCUGGUGUUGUACUAGACACCAGCCUUCUGGGGUCCCCAGUCCUGCCACAGCUGAACACCUGAGUGUGGCAAACACUGCCUAUACCUUAAACAUAGUGCCAGGCAAGGGUCAAAGGAAUAUAAGCAUCCGUGAUUCUUCUUUUUUAAAAUUCCUCUUUGAAUUUGGGGUUGGAUUGGCUUUAACCCUGUGUUAGAGUAAAUGCAGCCUGCUUCAUUCAGUUACUCAAACCGUAGUCUGGAGGGUGGGACAGUGCGAAGGGCUCUGAAACAGGGCAAGCAGCCUCAUGGUGCAGGCGGGAAUGACAGGAGCAGCCUCUCGCACGGUGUGCACCUGGGUGACCCAUCCCGAUGCAACAGGCCACUUGUUUUCCAACCCAGUUUAAAUUGGUGGUGGACAUUGCUUGGUAGAGCAUAUUACUCUAUAUUUUGGGAAACUCGACAGUAAGAGGGUCCAUAUUUUUCUUUGCUAAGAAAUGAAUGAGUUAGGAAGAUUGUACUUAUAUUUUAAAUACAUGUCUAAUGUGAUGAACUGUAAUAUCCAGUUCUGUAUAUUGUAUGUACAUUUGGUAUUCAGAUAGCCUUUCCAAAGAAAUGAGGGUGUAAUUGUUGUACAGCGCUGUGGCUCAGUAAUCUGAUGUACAGAGCAGGACGUGUUCUUCAGGAGGCUCUUGUUCUUGUGUUUUGAUUUAUUUCUGAAAACACUCACUCAUCUUACCAAGUACUGGGAAGGUGGUACCGAUCCAGUUUGUUUGCUGAAUGAAUAUUUGUUUAAAUCUGUACAGUUACAAGUGUUUACUUAUACAGAGUGUACAUACUUUGAAAUAAUUAAUUUAAAAUGCUUUAUAUUAUUUAGCUAGAAAUUGCUGUUUUUAAUAAAUAAGUUUUUUAAAAAUAAAGAUCUUUGCUUCCUACUUUGUUGUCAUGCGUUUGUUAUGUGUGUGGACUCUGUAAAAACAUUUCAUUGAAAACCGUAU